AUGGUCAGCUCUCAGGGACAGCUGACCUUCCGGGACGUGGCUCUAGAAUUCUCUCAGGAAGAGUGGGAAUGCCUGAACCACAGUCAGCGGGAACUGUACGCAGAUGUGAUACUGGAGACCAUGGGCACCUCCUCUUCUUGGGUCUCCUUGUAUCGAAACCAGACUUGGUCAUUUUUUGGAGCACAAGAAGGAUCUGUGGGGUGUGAAGAGACAGGAGACAGUAGCCUCACACCCGGCUGUAUCUUCGCAACGCACCAAGAGAUUCCUGCCAACGCCGUGCUUAGAACAUUCUCUUCAAAAAGUGUCAACCGGGGAACAUAUGAAUCUGAGGCGAAAUUUAACCAGGGCUCCAACAUUAACAAACAUCUGCGUACUCAUUUUCCAGAAAACCAUGUUGAAUGUAAUAAAGGUGAGGAAGUCUUGUCUCAAAGACCUAAACGUAUCAAACAGAGGAGUACACAUCUGGAAGACAAUCCUUAUCGAGAACAUGGGAAUGCUCUGCAGCUGUCCUCCAGUGUUGGUGAUCCUCAGACAAGUUGUGUGGGACAAAAGCCAUCCACGAGUAAUAAGUCUGGAAACACACUUAGUCAGUCACCAAGACUAAAUAUACGUAACACAAUUGGCACUGGAAAGAAAAGGUACACUUGUAAGGACUGUGGCCUAGUCUUUCAUUGGCGCUCAACACUACCUCAACAUCAGCAAAUGCAUGCUGGAGAGACCUCCUACACCUGUGAAGAGUGUGGUCAAACUUUUAAGGACUGCUCAUCGCUAAAUAGACAUGAGCAAAUCCAUAUUAGAGAGAGACUUGACAAAUGUCAACAAUGUGGCAAGGCCUUUAAUAGGCACUCCUACCUUAGAACACAGCACAGCAUCCAUAUUGGAGAGAAACAGUACCAAUGUCAAGAAUGCAGCCAUGCCGUUAAAGGGAAAUCCAGCGUCACUUAUCAUCACAGGGUUGUCACUGAAGAGAAACCUUACCAAUGUAAAGAAUGUGACAAGUUCAGAGGAGGCGAUGGUGCAACAGCCUUCAGUCGUCCCGAAUCCGGGUUCAUCCGACACCAACUGCCACCUAAGUUCGACCCCAACGAGAUCAAAGUCGUAUACCUGAGGUGCACCGGCGGCGAAGUUGGUGCCACGUCUGCCCUGUCCCCGAAGAUCGGCCCGCUGGGUCUGUCUCCAAAAAAUGUUGGUGAUGACAUCACCAAGGCAGCUGAUGACUGGAAGGUGCGGCACCGAUCAUUAGCCCUCUCGGAGACCACCCAGUCUGUGGGCUGCAAUGUUGAUGGCCGCCACCCUCAUGACAUCAUAGGUGACAUCAAUAGUGGUGCAGUGGAAUGUCCAGCUAAUUAA